CCCACUAAAAAUGGCAGGUUACGGUGGCCCUUGCGGUGCUUGCAAGUUCUUGAGAAGAAAAUGCGUUCGAGGCUGUGUUUUCGCACCUUAUUUCUGCCAUGAACAAGGCGCUGCCCAUUUUGCAGCUAUCCACAAGGUUUUUGGUGCAAGCAAUGUCUCGAAGCUGCUUGCUCAUCUCCCUGUCAGUGAUCGCUGUGAAGCGGCACUCACGAUUUCCUAUGAAGCUCAAGCGAGGCUUCAAGACCCCAUUUAUGGCUGUGUUUCUCAUAUCUUUGCUCUCCAACAGCAGAUUGUCAAUCUCCAGGCACAGCUUGCUUCUCUCGAGGAUCAGGCAGCUCACAGCGUCUUCUUCAGUGGCAGCUCUGUUACUGCAAACCCCAAUAACAAAUACCACGGAAAGGUCCUUUCUCAGCUCCAAGAAGCUCAAAGCUGGUUUCACGCGGAAAAUUCAAGCAUGGCUCCAAAUCUUAACCCAACAAACUCAUACUGUGAGAAUAAUGGGGUUUUGGAUCCAAAUUUUGUAGCAAAUUACAAGAAUUCCGUCUCCUCGUCUGGAGAAGAUCGUGUCUCAUACACUACUUUUGGACAGGCAUCUCAUUCUAUGUCUUCCAUCGACAUGCAAACAGACAACAGACAGUGGGGCAAUUUCCAGGAAGUCGAUGACCUUCAAUCAAUGGCCUUUGGAUUUGCUCAACAAUAUUCAUGAUGAGGGGGAUUUUAUGUAAGACCAGUGAAGAAGACAACAUCGACCUUCCAAUU